AUGGAAAACUUUGACAGACCUCCUUCUGAACCUCAGUUGCUCGACUUUGUGGAGCUUGAACCACCAGUUUUCGCCAAGGUCAGAGAGAUGUGUGGCCUGGAUCCCAUGCGAGUCGAGUCCUACAGCCUUCAGGAGUCCGGGGACCAGGCAAGCAUGACAGAAAGGGAGCAGGCCCUGUCAGCGCAUGCCCAGGAAAUGGAGCAGAAAUUGAGCAUCCUGGAGCAACCGAUCCUCCCUAUCCUGAGGCCAUCUUCCAGCAAUCGCUCACUGGUGCCCUUGAGCAGCAUCGUGGCAGCAUCAGCACACAGCCCAGCAUCACCACUUGACGACGGCCACGCACCAGCGAUCAGCACAGAAGAUCUCUUCCUCACACUCUUCACACAGCGCCUCCAGCAGCCAUCCUUGGACCUGCCAGUCAUGCGGGCACCAGCCGCUGCAGAAGCAGUGCCUGGCCAGAAGUGCUUCCACAGCAUGCUGCUGCUGAGUGUCCCUGCAGUGCCGCCAGAUCACAGCAGUGUGACAGUGCGCCAGCACAUUGGGCGAGCGCUGCUGCAGUCCAUGCCAGCACUGGUCAUCAGUCAUGUUCCUGCAGACGCAGACAUCGCAGACGGCAUAACCUUUCAUGAGCUGAUCGCGCCAGGCCAAGUGCUCAGCGACACAUUCCAGACGCUCCCAGUGGUGAUGCUGGAAGAUGCAGGGCAUGCCAGGGCAGAAGCACCAGCCGUGGCAGGCAUGCUCAAGGAGCUCCAGCUGAAGAGCCGCAACCUGGCAGUGUCAGAGCUGCUUCUGGACUGGUCGCUGACAGAUGCAAGCGCGCCAGACCCGACAUCGGCAGGCAGCAGAGCCAGGAACAGGCUCAGGGCCGCGCUCACGCCAGAAGCUCUUCCGUGCGCAGAGUCAGCGCUGGCUGCAGCGCCGUGGGCGGAGCUCCUGCUGAAAGAGGUUGCUGGGCCGCCGGUGCACUGCUCUGGGCUGCAGCCCCGCCCCGAGCAGCUCCCCUCAGCUGUGCAGAAGUUCCUUUGCAGCAAGGGCUCCUCUCGCAAGGGAGGCCGUGGCAUGGAGAACACAGCGCCAGUGGCGAGGUGGGACAGGGCAGCCGCAGCCUCUGCCCCACCUGCCAGGUUGCCAGGCAGGGCAAACCGUCAGAGCACAGGAGGCAUGAGUGGCAUGCAGCCCAGUGCCAGUCGACCUACACAUGCACCUGACCAGCCUGGCAGCAGGGCGGAGGAAGUGGCAGCAGCAGGGAGUUUCAGCAAGCGCCCAGCAAAGAAGGCCAAGAAGGCCGCGGGCAAGGACGAUGCAUCCUUCUUCUUUGGGCUGCAGACAGGCGCUCUUGGCAGCCAGGACUCAUCCAAUGAUGAUGCCUCGAGCAGCAGCAGGGACAAGGUGGAGCACAUCCAGAUGACUCUGCCGAGUGCCCUGCUGCAGCUGCUGCGGCUGCUAGCCAUCGAUCACAGCCACAUCCUGAAGCAGGCAGCAGGGAUGGAUGCUGCUGUGGCCAUUGCAGGCCUGCUGUCCACAGAGGCGCUUGAUGCUGCCCUGGCCUCUGCCACCGAGAGGGAGCACAGAAUACCUGGCAGCCAGCGCUCUCUGCUCAAAGCCUAUGCCGCCCUUGCGAUUCUCAAGCAGACAGCUUUGCUACUGGUGCACUACGGCGUGCGCUGUGCACACUUGCACCUGCGCCAUCACGUGGACACCUUGCCAGGCCUGGCCGCUGCAUGCAAGGCAUCAGCAGAAGCCCUCUCAGCCGCCUAUCAUGAGGUCGAGAGUGGCCAUCUGCAAGAUCAUCCAAAUCAGGAGGCCCUGCGGCGUACACUCAUAACCGUCAAUGCUCUGCGAUCGGGUUGCAAGGUGCUGUUGUUGGGGGACCAUAGAGCCUUCUUCACCAUGUACCGAGCCAUCACAGAUGCCGGUCUGCGCGCAUACCAGCUUGACCGCGAUGGCCGGCUCAUGAAAGAAGGGCUCAAGGCAUGCGUUCCGAUCCCUCCAUUUGAAGUGGCAGUCGCGGCAGCAGCUGAGGCAGCCCUGCAAGCUGCAGACUGUCUUCUGGCAACCUACGACCACGCGGCUGUGAGGGACUUCCCAUUCAGCCUGUUUCACUGCAUCAUCGAGUGCAAUAGCUCACCCUUCAACGGCAGAGGAGAGGCAGCCGCAGCUGCCCUUGCUUCUGCGCCAUGCCCCAGGCAUGUCCUGUUCAAGGUGCAAGUCAGCCAAGAGGACCUCAUGGACCCGCACAGAGCUCACCCCCAGAGAAACUGCCCUGCAUCCGAGGACUCACUCCGCAGCGAGAACUGUGCUCUUGCGCAAGCCCAGCACCACACAGAGGGGCCUCUCAUCGCAGUAAAUGCCCAGAAACAGGCCACAGCAUCAAGGCACUCAGCAUUAGGGGGAAGCAUGCCAGUCUGCGGCACAGAUAAUACUGCUAGUGGCGCAGAUACGCAAGCAUGGAGCCUGGUGAUCAAUGCCAGCGAAGACAGCCUUGUCCACACGCGCCGUGGCCUGCACAACUGCCUGAUGCAACUGGAGAGGGAGGGUGCAGCUGUGGUAGAGCGCCACAUCAGCUGCGCUGACCUGGCACUCUCUGAUAGCACCUGCUGCUGCAUCUGGACCGAGCAGAGCCUAAAGGGUCCAGCAGGGUCGCUGCCGAGCAUAGUGAAGGAGCGUGUGGGGGCACAGAUGGCGCUUGUGAGCCUGGCUUACAGCAGAUGCAUACUGUGCUUCGAGGGCAGCAAGGCAUUUGAGCCGGCCAUUCUAGCGUGCAUUGAGGAAGUUGCUGUGCUCGGCAAGCGCUGUGGAGUGGGCCUGAGCAUCCUCACCACAACUAGCCCUGAAGAGACCGAGGAGGCCGUGAAAACAGCUGUCAGGACAGCGGGCAUGGCCGCGUCAGCAGUACUGCUUGAAGAGACUCCCUCGCCUCGAGCAGCCUUUCUAGAGAGCUUUCCCAGUCUGAACCCCUUUGCAGCAGCGAGGCUUGCAGGCCUGCCAUGCAGGGCCACCCCUGCUGCUGGAGACAUGCGUGCCAGCCGAUCAGGGACAGCCAGGGAGGGAACGGCGGCAGACCGGCCCAGGGAAGCCGUUGAAGACUCCAGCCACAUGCGCCCACCCUCUGCAGGCUCUGCACAGCUGCUGAAUGUGACUGCUGAAACAAGCACUGCUGGCAAUCAGAUAUUCAAUGGCCCCUCGUAUGGUGCGACUCUGCAUGAGGCCGAUGGGCAACAUGGCAUGGGAGGACUGGAUGCUGUGCAAGAGGAGGACAAUGACAGUGACAGGAGUGGCUGGAACCAGUACCUCGAGCCUGGGCACGCUUACAGUCACCACCCAGCUGAGGCGACAAGGGCUGCCGCUCAAGGGCAGUGGCAGCAGUCACAGCAUUGGCAGCGGACUGGCAGGCUCAGACAGGGCGGCCACACAGCGCCUGGUCCCCAGGCCGGAGCCGCGCAUCUGGCAAGGUCUCCCUACAGCACGGACGCGAGCAGGUUUGCAGCGCAUCGGCCGCCGCAGCCAUCGCAGCAUGCCACGCUGCAGCCGUACCGGCUGGAGCAUGCGCACAUGGGGCAAGGCGGGGCUGUGUGGUGGGUUGAUCCAGUGCAGCAGCAGAGGGAGGUGCAGCAGCAGAGGCAGCAGCCGCAGCCGACAGGCUGGGAGCACAUGGGGCAGGAACCACCCAGCAGGCACAAGGCCCAAGUAUGGCAGGCUGAUGACCAGUCCUACCCAGAGGCGCACAGUGACCGCCACUGGAGCGCCGCAGAGCAGCGGGCACAAGGGCAGAGCGCAUGCAUGCUGCAUGUGAAUGGAGGGAACGUUCCUCACGAUGCCACCUAUAGCGGGCAGUCGCGUCAGCAUCUUCAUGCCCCGCAGCACAUGGGGCCAGGUGGGCUGCAUGCGCACAGCCGGCAGCAUGCGCAGCAGAUGCUGCCAGCCCAUCUGGGUCCCACCUUCCAGGAGAGCGGCCCAUAUGCCCAGCAGUCACACUACGCCAUGCCAAGGCGCCGGCAGCAGCAGCAGCAGCAGCCUGCGCAAGGGCAGAUGUAUGGGGGUGUCUGGCAGGGGGAGUACGACUACGAGGAGCCCUAUAUGGGGUCAGCGCAGCCGGCCCAGCCUUACAUGGAUGACCCCCAUGCGGCUGGACGGGGUCAGCUGCACCCUCCUCAGGCAUUCCAGGCAGCAGAUGACUACCCGGUACCCAUGCGCACCGACCAGGGAUGCUUUGACUUGCCUCCUAGUGCGCCUCCAAUUGGAUCUGCUGACCACUUUGCAGAGCCAGGAGUGGAUGAGUUUGGGAUCAGCUUUGACGCUGAAGAGCCACUGGCCCUGGAUGAUGACACCCCCGACAGUGAUGCAGCUGCCGAAGCCUACCAGCCUCAAAUGACUGCAGGACAUGCUACUGUCCCUCCAGGAGUCAGGAUGGGGCACAUUCGUGAGCCAACUGGCAUGACAGGAGGACCAGGUGGCGAGGACUGGGAUGCUAGCAGAGCCCUGCAGCCCCUUCAAGGUGGCAUGAGAGAGCAGGGCCGGCCGAGCAGCCCCUCCCUUGAGGACUCAGAGCUGAUGGCGGACCCCACAGACAUGCUCGGCGCACUUGAGGAGGAAUUUCCUCCAACCAUUAAGCGCCCAUUCAAGAAGGCAAAGUUUCUGGGGUACGAGCCUGGCAGGGGCUACACCAAGCAGACAAAGCUGGUGUGGCGUCCGUGUGGCGGCGGUGGCUACUGA